AUGGAGACUAAGUUGAAGGAGUUGCUCAUACCGAACGAAACCUUGAAGACCAACAUCCGAAAAACUUGUGAACUUGGAACCAAAUACUUAGGUUUACAGAAGGAGUUGGAGAAGGUACGCCAAGAGCUUGAUGAAGAACAAGCCAAGACCAUUCGGCUUGAAAAGGAGAAAAUUGCUAUGGAAGAAUUCGUGAAGAAAACCCUGGAAGAGAAAGACACUUCUCUUGCCAAAGCCAGGGUGGAAGCUGAUGCUAUGACCAAGAAAGCCGACGAUAGGUUGGAGGAGCUCCAAGAGGCCAGAGAGAUGAAUGAUAACUACCUAAAGGUGGCGGAGGACAUGAAGAAGCAAAUCGAAGCACUAAAAGCAUCUGAGUCUGAAUGGCAUACCAAAUAUGUGAAAACGUCUAAUCUUGCAGAAAUGACCAAAAUGAAGUAUGAAAAGGAUCUUGGUGAGCUCAAGCAAGGAAUGUCCCACACGGAAACCUUCUUGGUGGGCCAGCUAGAUGAGAUUAAGCAGAGGCCUAAGGUGUUUUGUCCCAAUCUGAUCAUGGAGGAUCAUAAAGUGCAGAAGGAGCUGGAGAAGGUACGCCAAGAGCUUGACGAAGAACAAGCCAAGACCAUUCGGCUUGAAAAGGAGAAAACUUUUAUGGAAGAAUUCGUGAAGAAAACCCUAGAAGAGAAAGACACCGCUCUUGCCAAAGCCAGGGAGGAAGCUGAUGCUAUGACCAAGAAAGCCGGCGAUAGGUUGGAGGAGCUCCAAGAGGUCAGAGAGAUGAACGAUAACUACCUGAAGGCGACAGAGGACAUGAAGAAGCAAAUUGAAGCUCUAAAAGCAUCUGAGUCUGAAUGGCAUACCAAAUAUGUGAAAAGGUCUGAUCUUGCAGAAAUGACCAAAAUGAAGUAUGAAAAGGAUCUUGGCGAGCUCAAGCAAGGAAUGUCCGACACUGAAACCUUCUUGGUGGGCCAGCUAGAUGAGGUUAAGCAGAGGCUUGAGGUGUUUUGUCCUGAUCCGAUCAUGGAGGAUCAUAAAGUGCAGAAGGAGCUUGAAGCAUAUGGUAUCGAUAUCAAAGAAACCCCUUGGGCAUCCACUCGGGUUGCUGAGGCUAUAAUCCGACUAGAAGAACGAGCAGAAGCAGCAAAAAGCGUCAUAGCCCAAGUGAGAAAAUCCAUGAAGGGCAUCAAUGCAAUUCUGCAUCCUGGAGAAGAGGUCGAUGAAGCUCUACCCAUUUGUUUACAACAACUUGAGCAAGUGCCUGGCCGGGUAUUGAGGUGUAAGAAAUCUGCUGCUCGCUGUGGAGCUAAUGUAGCUCUAGCUCUCACUCGGGUUCACUUCCCCAAGAUAAAUGAAGCGAAGUUGCAGAACAUUGGCGUGGGGAAUCCGGAGGGUGAUAACUUUGAGGACCACAUGAAAACUUUCAUCGGAACCGCCAAUCAGAUUGCUUCCCUCAUCGACUUGGACCUGUCUGUUGAGCCGGCUAGAGUGCCAGACACAUCGGAGGAGGAGCUCGUACACGACGAAGAGAAAAACAAGUGA